AUGGCUUGCCGGAGUGGCUGUUGUGGCUUCGGUCCGUUCAAUGAAGACAAUGCGAGAUUCCUUCUGUUGGCGGUGUUGAUAAUACUUUACCUCCUGUGUGGAGCCGCAGUCUUUUCAGCGCUGGAGCAGCCGAAGGAGAAACAGGCAAAAGAGCGAUGGGCGCUGCGGUUUGAGCACUUCAGCCAAAAGUAUAAUCUGAGCAAGAGAGACCUGGGGAACUUUCUGAGGAACUAUGAGGAGGCAAAUGUUGUAGGUAUUCGAGUAGACAGCACAAGACCAAGGUGGGACUUCACUGGCGCCUUCUAUUUUGUCUGCACAGUGGUGUCAACAAUUGGGUUUGGCAUGACCACGCCAGCCACCGUCGCCGGAAAGGUCUUCCUCAUUUUCUACGGCCUGAUAGGCUGCGCGGCCACCAUCCUGUUCUUCAACCUCUUCCUGGAGCGCGUCAUCACCGUCAUCGCUCUCGUCCUCAAGCUCUGUCACGAGCACCGCCACCGCCGCAAGGCCAUCCUCCCCCAAAAUGGCCGCCCGCCUGAAGGUGGAUUUGCUCGCAACCGUGGUGGGGGCAGGGGCGGCCCGGACGGCGGCUGGAAGCCCUCGGUGUACUGUGUGAUGCUCAUCUUGGGCGUGGCGGCCAUUUUGGUUUCCUGCUGCGCGUCGGCCAUGUACGCGUCCGUGGAGGGCUGGGGCUACCUGGACUCGGUCUACUUCUGCUUCGUGGCUUUCAGCACCAUUGGCUUCGGGGACAUGGUGAGCGGGCAGCGGCAGGCCUACGAGGCGCAGCUGGCCUACCGGCUGGCCAACUUCCUGUGCAUCCUGACGGGUGUCUGCUGCAUCUACUCGCUCUUCAACGUCAUCUCCAUCGUGAUCAAGCAGGUGCUCAACUGGCUGCUCCGCCGCCUGGAGCUGCUGUGCGGCUGCUGCUGGCCAGAGGGGGCGCUGUGGUUUGGCGGCACUGUAAGGGGUGGUGGCCACAACCACCACCACCACCAUGCGCGACGAAACGCGGUGGCCCCGGGCCGCAGCACGCGCCACGGCGUCGGCGGCACCCGGCAGAACCGCAACCCUUCCAUCGAGACGGACGCGGUGAAUGAGAGCGAGACGGACGGACGGCGCAUGUCGGGAGAGAUGAUCUCCAUGAGGGACUUCCUGGCUGCAAACAAGGUCAACCUGGCCAUCAUGCAGAAGCAGCUGUCGGAGAUGGCUAACGCUAACGGGCACCCUCGACAGCCUGGCUCCGGCUCCAGACACAACGGCUUCUCUGGAGGUGUGGGAGCACUCGGUAUCAUGAACAACCGCCUGGCGGAGACCAGUGUGGACCGGUAG